AAUCCUGUUAAUUGUUGGUGAGGUGCAAUUAUGUGAGUGACUCUGUGAUAGGGACCGUUUAGUUCAAGCUUCUCCAUGACCUUGAAGUUAAGACCUCACCUUCUUCCUUUCUCCCCCCACAUUCUCUCACCCCUCCUUUACUAGCUGUCACAUAUGAAUAAACUACAUUAAAAUAACAAACCUCCACUAAUUAGCUGAUUGUGCUGGGAAGUGUGAGAGCAGAAUUUCCUGUGUGUGUGAGAGCAGAGCAAGCAGUCACAGGGGCUGAUCAGCUGAUGCCACCCCAGGCGGUUUGCUUCCAUUCAGCUGCCUCACACCCAGCAGAGCUCAGCACAGUGCUCCCAUCACCCAUAUGGGUUCUCCCUACUUCAUACUGGUUCUCUGCUCUCUGUACUGAUUCUCCAUGCCCCAUAGUUGUUCUGCACUGAGCCUGUAAAUAAAGGCUACAAAGUGAACUCACCACCCAUACAGUGGGAAACUGUUACAUGUGCUUGGAGCUGUGUCAUUUUGGGGAUGGGGCUGGGGGCAGGUAGUGCUGCAGGAUGAAGGAUGCAGCAGCAAGGCUCCCAGCAGACCAGUCUGUACUGCAUUCAUUUGCCUGAGGUGUUGGGGCUUUCUGAGCCAAGCCCAAUCUCAUAACCAGGUCCAGCCUCCAUUGAGACCCUCUGUUGGGAACAGAGGUCGGGAGCGCCAACUCUGCAGCCCGAGCUUCAGCUCUGAGCUUACAAAGACUCCAUCCCAUCCUUCCUGGGACAACUAUGGCCUGUGUGAAGGCCUGUGGGUUGGGAACGGCCAUUUCUGAUCCUUCUAAUGCCCUUCCUCGCUUCUUUCCCCUCUCUCCUUCCAGCUGAAAGAACUAUAUGCACUGACGCAACCUCAGGAAAACCCACAAUGGCUGCCAAGCGCAAAGGCGGCCUGAAGCUAAAUGCAAUCUGUGCCAAGCUGAGCCGCCAGGUUGUCUUCGACCACGGGGGAGCCGAGCAGGCGCGUGCGGACAAAGGGCCGCAGCGGGAGAGCAGCAACAAGGAUCUGCCUCAGCCCGGGACCAAGGAGUCAGGGACUGAGUUUUCAGACGGACUCAGCCACGUGCAGAAGAUCGAGGAGGACAAGAGGAGGGAGGUGAUCGAGAAGUGGGUGAACGGGGAGUACGAGGAGCCUUUGCUGGGGCGGGCCGAGGGCAAGGAAUGCCGGGGCGCCGAGGGUGCGGAGGUGCCGCCUGAAGGGGUCUACAUGGUGCAGCCCAAGGGCUGCAGCGAUGAGGAGGACAACGGGGACGAGGCAGACGUGCUGAGGGGCUCACAGGAUGGCACAUUCCUGGACGACAGGGAUUCCGACGGGGCGGCCUCCAAGGAUGACGCGUACCGCGCCUCCAGCGAGGCGGCCUCCAAGCUGGGAACCACCUCAGGGGAAGCUUCGUCGCUGCGAGAUUACGCUGCCACCACCAUGAAUGAAUUCCUGGGCAUGUUUGGCUACGAUGACCAGAACAUGCGGGAUGAGCUGGCCCGCAAGAUCAGCUUCGACAAGCUGAACGCUGCUACCUCAGAGGCCACCGCAGCUGCAGCCUCUCUCCCUGGCGAGGAUGCCAUGAGCAAGCGAGCUCGAUUCUCCAAGUAUGAGGAGUACAUCCGCAAGCUCAAGGCUGGAGAGCAGCUCUCCUGGCCCAUGCACUUGGCCAAAUCUGAGGAGCUGGGCUCCAAGCUGGGCAAAGAAGCUUCCUCGGUGCUGGCACAGCCCAUUCGGCUGCCAGGUCCAGAUGCCUCCAUGCUGACGGAGACCAAAGCCACCAUCCUACCGCUGCCCUCUCCCAGCAGUUCCCAGAUGCAGGGCCUGAUGUCACGGGCCUCCAAAUACGACUUCUUCAUUCAGAAGCUGAAGACAGGUGAGAGCAUCAGGCCACAGAAUGGCAACACUUAUAAGAAGGCCUCCAAGUAUGACCUAGAAAAUGUCAAGUACUUGCACCUUUUCAAGCCUGGGGAAGGCAGCCCAGACAUGGGAGGAGCCAUCGCCUUCAAGACGGGCAAGGUGGGCCGGCCUUCCAAGUACGAUGUGAGGAACAUUCAGAAACUCACUCAGGUGAAAGCUCCAACACCCAGCCUGGCCCCUACUCCUCUCGCCAGCACCCCCAGCAGCACUCCCAUGGCCGGCCCGGAGCAGGCUGUCUCCUUGCCAUUCAACACUCCUGAGUACCUGAAGUCGACUUUCUCCAAGACAGACUCCAUCACAACUGGAACAGUCUCUACAGUGAAGAAUGGAUUACCCACUGACAAACCCACCGUCAGCGAAGAUGUAAAUAUUUACCAGAAGUAUAUUGCCAGGUUUUCUGGCAGCCAGCACUGUGGACACAUACACUGUGCAUACCAGUACCGAGAACAUUACCACUGCCUUGACCCAGAGUGCAACUACCAGAGAUUCACUAGUAAACAGGAUGUGAUUCGGCAUUACAACAUGCACAAGAAACGUGAUAAUUCCCUCCAGCACGGCUUCAUGCGCUUCAGCCCCUUGGAUGACUGCAGUGUGUACUAUCACGGCUGCCACCUGAAUGGGAAAAGCACACACUACCACUGCAUGCAGGUGGGCUGUAACAAGGUCUAUACGAGCACCUCUGACGUGAUGACCCAUGAGAAUUUUCACAAGAAGAACACACAGCUCAUCAACGACGGGUUUCAGCGGUUCCGCGCCACGGAGGACUGUGGUACUGUGGAAUGCCAGUUCUACGGGCAGAAAACCACUCAUUUUCACUGCAGGCGACCUGGGUGCACCUUCACCUUCAAGAACAAGUGUGACAUUGAGAAGCACAAGAGCUACCACAUCAAAGAUGAUGCCUAUGCCAAGGAUGGCUUCAAGAAGUUCUACAAGUAUGAGGAAUGCAAGUAUGAGGGCUGUGUCUACAGCAAGGCCACCAACCACUUUCACUGCAUAAGGGCAGGCUGUGGCUUCACCUUUACCUCCACCAGCCAGAUGACCUCCCACAAACGCAAGCAUGAGCGCCGGCACAUCCGCAGCUCAGGAGUGCUGGGCCUGCCUGCCUCUCUCCUGGGACCCAAGGAUAAUGAGCAAGAGGAGUCCAGUAAUGAUGACCUUAUUGACUUCUCUGCAAUGAGCUCAAAGAACUCCAGCCUGAGUGCCUCUCCCACCAGUCAGCAGUCUUCCGUUUCUCUCAUAGUCCCAGCUGCACCCUCCUCUGCUGCUGAGCUUGCUUCCUCACAGGUCAGCAAGCCUGCCAACAGCAUGACACCAGCCACCAAGAUCUCCGGCCUGCUCUCCCAGGCUCUUCCCAGCAAUAUUCCCUUGGCUCUGGCACUCUCCAACUCAGCACUUCCUGGAGCGGCUGGAUCCUUCUUCCCCAUCAUCCCCAGCCGAGUCUCCACACCACUUCCUGCCAGCUCCGCUAACCUGAUGACUGCUGGUUCAUCUGGCACCAAUCCAACAUCAUCUGCUCCCACAGAUUCCUCAUCCCAGGCCAUCUCAGGAUCUGGUGAGCCUUCAGCUACUUCUUCUCCAGCUCCAGUAGCAUCCAUAAUGGAAAGGAUCUCUGCUAGCAAGGGGUUAAUCUCCCCGAUGAUGGCCAGGCUGGCAGCGGCUGCACUCAAGCCCUCUGUGGCACUUGAAGCAGGUGAGUUGCCAUCAUCAGUUGUCCUAGCAGUGGGAGGAACAAGCGUGCCUGAUGAUCCGGAGAGGAGAGAAUGAGGGGCCCCCUGGGAG